AUGCGGCCGCGUUCUCUAGGAUCUCGGUGGUCUCAACUUCAACGACCAGCCAUCUCGUCCACCGUUCCCUCGCGUCGAACUCGAGCCUUUCAUUCCACACGACCGUCGCCAUUUGUCGCAGAGCUACUUACAGUUUCCACCGGCAUUCUUCAUGGCAUCCACUCAGUUACUGGUCUGCCAUGGGUAGCCUCCAUACCCCUAACCGCAGUCGCCGUUCGGAUGGCGAUAGCUUUUCCGCUUCAGAUAUACUCUCGUGUCCAUGCCCGAAAACAAGCAGAUAUAACCCCGCUUCUUUUUGUUCAUCGGAAAAGUUGGGAGUCAUUAAUCAAAGCCCAAAAUAAGAAGGACAAGAUCUACAUGCGCCCGCAGCAAGCGGAGCAAAGACUACGAAAGUACCUGAAACAGAAAACCAAUGAGCUCUACCGAAACUGGCAAAUUAAUAAAUAUGCACAAUUUGUUCCAAUGCUCCAGAUACCAGUCUGGUUGUCUCUCAUGGAAGGUAUCCGGAACAUGUGUGGCGUCAAUUUAGGACUUUUCCGCUAUUUGCUACCGCUACCAGACAAAGAUGGCCAUGCCAUCGAUCUACCGGGUGUGGAACAGACUCUGUCUAAUGAGGGAGCACUGUGGUUUCCAGAUCUGUUGGCCGCAGAUACCACGGGUAUUCUACCCGUUGUACUCGGUCUUUCAAUCAUUGCAAAUGUGAGAUUGGGAUGGAAAACCAAAACACUUGCCGAAGCCUCGGACUAUUCCACGAGGCGCAUGGCUCAAUUCCUGUUUGCGAAAUCAUUAAAAGAAUUCCUGACGGUCAUGGGCGUAUAUGUUGCCUGCACCGCUUACGUUACAGGGAUGCCCGUGGGAAUGAUGCUCUACUGGAUUGCUAGUACGAAUACUGCAACACUACAAACGCGUCUUCUCGAGAAGUUUAUGUUUGCGUCAAAGCCACUGCAGACUGCGACACCGCUGUUCGUCCGCACUUUGAAACCCGGUGAAAAGCCACCACCGACCAAGCCCUUGUUGUCUUAA